CCAGCCGGUCGACAAUAAAGGACGGGCGUGUCCCUCCCUUGCGUCGCCAACUCGCUUUCCACUCCAACGGAAUCGCGAGUCGAUAACGCAAGAGCACCGAAUCGGACACAUGGCGACCGCGACAGACGACAUGAAGGUUGGAGCUGGGGGUCAGGAAAGUAAGAUUGAUGAUGUGGGAGAGAAAAGAGAGGUGUCAGAUAGCGAGCUUGAAGCAACAGCCAUUGAUUAUGACGGGCCAGAAGCCCGUCGAAUUCUGGCCAAAGUAGAUUGGAGACUGGUGCCGGUAUUGUCGCUCCUGUACCUGGUCGCCUUUAUCGAUAGAAGUAACAUUGGAAAUGCGAAGGUCGCAGGGUUGACAAGCGACCUGAACAUGCAUGGACUACAGUACAACACUGCAGUAACGCUGUUCUUCGUGCCAUAUACGCUACUCGAAGUUCCAAGCAAUAUUGUACUAAAGUUGAUGCGACCAAGCCGAUGGAUCGCGAUCUUAAUGCUCGCGUGGGGCCUGGUCAUGACGCUGAUGGGCUUGAUAACCAGCUAUGGAGGCCUCCUUGCUGGAAGGUUCUUCUUAGGUGUGGCUGAGUCCGGUUUUUUUCCCGCUGCGACUUUCCUUUUGACACUCUGGUAUCGCCGAUACGAAGUGCAGCGUCGCAUGGCUGUCUUCUACGUUGCUGCGUCGCUUUCGGGUGCGUUCUCUGGUCUACUGGCUUUUGCCAUCCAGAAACUCGACGGAUAUGAUGGCCGAGAAGGCUGGCAGUGGAUUUUCAUCAUCGAAGGCCUGAUUCCUGUUGGGUUAUCUCUCAUCAUCUGGAAGGUCCUUCCCGAUUCGCCGGAGACAGCUAGCUUCUUGACACAGACGGAACGUGACUUCCUCGUACGAAGACUCGCCGAGGAAACAGGAAGCGGUCACGGCAGGGUUACCAACCAAGAUAAGAUGGGCAAGAAGUUCGUCAUUGCAGGACUGUCUGAUUGGAAGGUUUGGGCUGCCGUUGUAAUAUUCUGGGGGAACACGGUAGGCGUGUACGGCUUCACAGCGACCGUACCCACUGUGAUCAAUGGACUCGGCUAUUCAGCGGCGAACGCGCAGCUCCUCACGAUCCCUAUCUACGUCUUCGCCUCUAUUAUGACAAUCAUAUUUGCAUGGUGGUCCGACAAGGUCCAGACACGAUCGCCCUUCAUCAUUGCCGGGUUCUCGAUUGCCUGCUGCGGGUUCAUCGCCCAGUUGGCGAUUCCACAUCCGAAAUAUCCUGGCCUUACGUAUGGUUUUCUAUUCCCGGUGGCAGGUGGACUAUACUGCCCUUUCAUCAUCCUCGUUUCGUGGAUCGCAAAUUCACUGGCACCGUCCAGCAAGCGAGCAGUUGGUAUGGCGUUGUUGAUUAGUGUUGGAAACAUGGGAGGUAUCAUGGGCAGCAACAUCUAUCUGGAGCGGGAAAAACCAAAGUACAAGACAGGUUUCGGGGUGUCAUUUGCUAUGUGCUGUGGAUCGGUCCUCAUGACUUUGGUGCUCAGGUGGGCCUACCAGAGAGAGAACCAUAAGCGCGAAGCGCUAUUGAGGGAGCACGGCGAAGAUGCGAUCCGAGCACGGUACUCGGACACGGAGAUGUUGGACUUGGGCGACAAGAGUCCUUUUUUCAGAUACACUCUAUGA